AUGAGUUGCAUCUUUUCGGAGCUUCGACGCUCGGAGCGGCUGCUCCCUGUGGAGGACAACGCGUCUUUCCAGCGCAUCUCCUCAUGGCGACCGCUAUUUGUUGAUCCGCAGGAGCACCCGGCCUUGUACGAACAUGUGGCGUUCUUCCGGAGUGAUGCGGAGCAGAACUCCAAAUGGAUGCACACCGUGCGAUCUGCCCGCGUAUCUACACGACAGGUUCCUUUCAUCACAUUAACGGGGCCUGAUUCCUCUGCCAAGGCACCAGUGACAGCAGGAAAAGUGCCAACUAUCGUUCAUGAAAACCAUGACUCAGAGGACAAGCUGCCAACGCAUGUUUUUCAACAGCACGUGGCUGCAUUGGCACCAUACGAAUGCUUUAUGUGCCCCACACUUCUUUUCAGCCCGUUUCGACCCUUGUUUACGAAGCGGAUGGUGCCCAUUGCGUUGAAGCUAUCUCUUCCUGUGCAAGAGGUCCUUCUUUUUCUCUCUAUGAUGUUUGUUUAUUUGGACGUGGUCAUUGCAGUGAGUGUACCGAAGCCAUUAUGCUUUCAGGAACUGGCUGAUUUACUAGAGCAGCGGCGUGUGCAACUCGUUGAAUCAUCUGUAAAUAGCGCUUGUGAUCCACACCGAAGGGCUUUUACGACAGUGUUGAACGCAGUGAUAGAGUUGUGGAAGGAACAACGCGAGGCGACUGUGUCGGCACUUUUUCCCUUGGGGACUCUUACUACCUCUGUGUGUCUGCGUGACAUUGAUGACAAGGCUUACCGCGCAUUCGUGCCUUCUGCUUCGCGUGACACAAAGCGGGAGGACCAUCCGUUCCAACUUCCACCGUUGGCUGCUGACGCACUUGUUUCCCACUUUGUUCCCACUUGGGAGCGCAUUUUGGAGGCAAUGUCUCGCGAUGUGUCGGUUCUGGCCACGCUACAUGACUAUCUUGUGCGCCAGGGAGCUGGCAUGACGCGUAUGCGUCAACCCGGAACGGGCAAUUCUUUUGCAUCAAUCCAUGCCCUUCCACACAAUAAAGAGGAACUGGCGGAUUUUGUUUGCCGCCUUGGUUCCUCACUGUGGACCUCCUCGAAUAUGGCGAAGAGCAUUGUGCUUUCUAAACCCCAGCUGCAAUCCGUCAGCAAAAUCUUCCAAAAAGAGUUUUUUGCGACGUUACUGCGUCUGCGUCACCGAGGCGUGCAGGAGUUACGUGUGCGGCGUGUGACCCUUGGGGAUCUUGCACUGACGGUUAUUCAGGACGACGGGCGGGAGGCAGAGGUGGGGCGUCCUGCGGGAUUUCUCGUGGGGCGCACGGCGAUGGGUGACAACAAACCAGAUAGCGACAGCGACUCCAAGGGUGGGGAUGGCAAUAAGAAGAGUAACCUGCCAUUGUGGCUUGUAGCGGAGGGCGGUGUGGAUGUUGUGCAGACGUUUUUGGAACAUCUUAUCCGGGACACGCGUGCCACGACGUUCCUUCCGGCAACGCUGCCGUGCCGCAAUGGUGAUGGGCGUGGCUCGACCGUUGCAGGCGUUUCUAAAGAGGACGAGAAGGGAACACCAACGGUGGAGGAGCAACAAUUUGUUUUGCUGACGCGUAUGGAAGAGGGAGUUCUGCAUCGCAUUUUUCAAAGUCAUCCGAAUGCUCUUCAGCUUACGGGGUGCGGCAUUCGGCAAAUGCUGGUGCGCAUGGAGGAUGGUCAGCCCUUUUUGCAACGAGUUUGCGGUGCCGUUGUGGCGUGGGACAUCUGGGAAUGUUAUGAUUCAGAACAGGCGUCGAAGUUGCGGCGGCCCCGCCGGAUCAUCACCGCCGAUGCCCCGUUUCCUUUACCAGAGGGGAUCGCGCCGUCCCGCCUGAAUUUGAAGGCAGUGCGGGGAAUGGUGCAGCACUACUGGAAAGCCCUUAUUCUUGAGCAAGGGCGGGCGGCGGGCUCGAAGCGUUCGGAGAUGACGAGCACAACACUCUUUCCUAUUGACAGGGCUGUUGCAUUCUACGUUUUGCGGCAUCAUCCGCAGUAUUACGUACGCGUGCGAGGCUGCGGUAUUGUCGAUGUCUGUGUACAGCGGCAAAUGCGUUCUGCUAGCAGCGGGAGACCUUUUCAUUUUUUGGACUCUGAAGCAACGGGAGAAGAGAGCCAGGCCGUGACGGAUGACACAUGUGAAUAUGUUCCUGCGCUUGCCGUUACACAUCCUUGUGGCACGUCUACUGUUAUUUCCUACGAGGACUGCUACAGUCCGGUCACGAAUCGACUGAACCGACCACAAUUGCUUGAAAACGAUGCUGGUGGCACGAAUGAUCCGGCGUGCCUUCCAACACCUCCGUUGAGAAAACGAAGCUUUUCAAUGAUGAGGGAAUGA